AUGCGAGGUCGACGCAGGCCUUGGUUGCAGCACCCUCCGCUGCGGUGGCGCCUUUGGGAGCCAACUGCACGAAGAUUCGUGCCCAAGAGACUCAAUGUGAUUGACGGACCAGAAGUUGCAGGAGCAGCAUGGCAGGAGUCGCAGGACGACUCAGAUGACGAUGAGGUUCCAUGGUCGCGGCCACACUGGUCGAAAUGGUCCACGGCCGAUUUGAUUCGCUGGUGCGACCGACGCAACAUCGACCUCAGCGGUUGUUUUGACCGGGAGGCCGUCGUGGACCGUGUUGCGGCCACUGCGAAGCAGGACAUGGCACGGGACGGCGAUGACUUUGAAAGGACAGACCGUGUCAACCAAGUUCGUGUUGCAUCGCGAGUGAAGACGGAUGGCUCCUACACAAAACCACCAACGCUUGACCGCCGCAACUCACUGUAUGGCAAUCGAAUCGAACGAUUCGUUGGCCCUGAAGCUGACGUCCUGCCAUGGCUCUACAGCUCGGGGGACAAAUCUCGGCUUUAUGGAGUGUACUUCGGAAGCGAGUUUGCAUACAGUCUGGUGUGGAGGAGGCAAAAAUACUGGGGAAGACCAGGUGGAAACAGGCCUAACCGUGAGGAGCGGUGGUAG